AUGGAUCACUCCUUCGACAAGACACAUCGUGAACAAGAACAAGAACCAGUUUUCAUCGACUACUUCCUUGACGAUCCCGAGCAAUUGGGCUCGACACCACCACCCUUGGGCCAGACGCCGUUCUUCAGCACCGCAGGGAGUGCUGUCGAUCACCUACAGGGGGGUUGUGUCCGCCAUGGUGGCGGCGACCACGCCAUGCCCGUCGGCCAUCGUACGACCCCAACCUCAGCCCACCCACCACUACCACCACCACCACUACCACCACACCUGGCCACUGAGCCACGACCCCAGAGCCACCAACAAGCACGACACGAACGGUUGAUCCCCGAGCCGCUGUUCCGCGGGCACCACCUGCAGUCGCCGAUUUUCGGGAGCGGGCUGCAUGUCAAUGCCCCUGCUGGCACCGCUCCAUCGGCGAUCCAGCCCCAUCACGACGACUGGGCGGCGUUGCCCGACUUCAGCGCCGGCUCUCUUGCUUUCCCUUCCCGAGCCGAGGCGUUCCUGGAGCCGCCAGUGGGCGCGACCAAUGUCAUCGACUUUGGCCUCGGCGGCGCCACCACAAACCACCAUGACUACACGGACAACAUCACGCCACUUCCGAGCGCCGCGGGCCAUGCGGACCACGCGAGAACGACACUCGACCACUUUGACUUUGACUUCGCCUUUCCCUCGCCGUCAUGGGGCCCCAGCUUGGAUGAUGCCAUGUCUUCCUCGCUCGCCGUCGCUGUCGGAGCAGGGACCACGUCCCAUCCUCGCAGCGCCUUGGACGACGAGAGCGACCACAGGGAUACCUUCUGGGCCGACGAAGACUCAUCCUCCGUUGGCGGCCGCCCAUCGCCUUCGACAGCCGCCCGCAGGCGCCUCCCAAAGGGCAAGCACCGCGCCGACUCGCUCGACGGCGCCAGCAGCAGCAUCUUCAGCACCGGCACCGACGACACGGGCGGUUCCCACGCCGCCGGUGCCGCCGAUCUGAGCCCCGGUCUGCUCCCGCACGCAGGCCACGGGUCCGAAUUCAGCCCCAGCCCCGGCACCAUCACCAGGACGGAGCCCUCCCACCACCCCGGGCCUACGGCCGCCGGCCGCCGCCCCCCGCAGCAGCAGAAGCCAAAAUCGCAGCCGGCAGCGGCGGAUACGGCCGAAGACCAGGCGGAGCGGCGCGUCAGCAAGGCCGAGGUGCUCGAGCGAGCGCGCCUGCACAUCGAGGCCCUCGAGCGCGAGAGGGAGGCGCUGCGGCGCGAGAGGGAAGAGCUGCUGCGGAACCUGGCCGACAUGGAGCAGGACGUCAGCGUGCGCAUGGGCGAGGGGGCCUUUGGCGACAGCCUCCGCCAGUCGCCCGCCACAGAGGAGGAGGAGGACGAGGGGCAGGCCGAGCGGGAGGACAAGUGA